AUUCAUCUCAAUUCCACCCUGCACAUUCAAAUUCCAUUCCGCAUACAGCAAACGGGGGAAUCCAAUCUCGACACGCUAGUAUCGCUUAGAAAUUUCCAGCUCUAUUGUUUCCAGGAACGACAACUUGAUCUUAAGAAAUCUUUCUUACCAAGAGAGCUUCUCGUGAAUAAUUAAGACAACUUCAACAACCUUCCGCCUACGAAAUAAAUACCGCUCUACUUUUCCACUAUAAUUUCAUCUUGAAAAAAUUAUUCGUAACAUUUACUUGAGAAAUUUAUUUAUUUAUUAUUUGGUUCAGAUUAAUAAACUUACUCCUCAUAAUGCCGUCAAAGGUUUCACAAAAACGAUCUGCCAGUCCUUCCCCAAAGACACGUCAGCAUAAACGCCCGCGUAUCAAUAUCGUGAAUCACACGUCUGCGACCUCUAACUUCGCAGAAAAAGCUUUGAAUAACACUGAGGCAAGCGAAAAUUCACCAUCAUUAAAUGUACCGACGAAGAAAUCUCGAAAACGAUCAGGCAAUCCCUCCACAGGGGCGCGGAAGGAGAAAUACCCGCGUGUUAGACUCACGCCUUCUACGGCUAUUACAUUUAUCUCCGGGGACGAUGCGUCGAGCAAGACUGAAACCAAUACCAAGCUUAAGUUUAAGCUCAAGAUCACGAUGAACAAAAAUCCAGAACCUUCAAAAAUGCCUUCAAAGAUACCCGAAAAACGUUCAAUCAGUCCCCCACCCGAGGAACCUCAGACCAAGCGUACCAAGUCCACGCCCCACAAGUCCACCACCUCUGGAUUCACAGCCGACGUGUCGAGCAAGAGCAAGGAAACGAUUGAGGUAAAUCUAGCACCUGCCGCCAACCAGAUUGUUGCCAUUAGGCCUCGCGUGACCAAAUCAACAGCAACAGAUGAUGUUAGCCGUUCUGAGGCCACCAGAAAAAAAGUGCAUGUUAUCCAGAUGAGAGAAAAAAACUCAGAGAAGUCAGUAAGCAAGUGCAAGCCCAAGACAAAUACAACACGUCGGAGCAACCAAUUUAUGGCCAUCAAUCCUCGGGAGCCUCUCAGAAAGGUUGAAGACGCAGAAAUUAAUGUCGUUCGCAGUUGGGUGCCAUUAAACGAUCCCGACGACGAUUUGAGCAAAUCACUAUCUCUUACCAACGGGCUCGUUUCCCUUGAUAAGCCGCUCCCUAUACCACUGGCCCGAGAUCCGCUCAAAACUUUUGGGGCCGCAGAAAAGAAGUUCAUUGCUCUCUGGAUGCGAGCAAACAAAACAGUUGGGACACGAGGGAAAUAUUUAGCCUUUCAAAAUCUUUUAUACUCCCUAGGCUGCAAACACCCAAGUUUUGACAAAGAGACCUUGUUAAAAUUUGACCAUCGGAUCGAGCGCUUCAUUUCGAGGAUCAAGAAAUCGCUGAAGGAAUGCGGUGCGAUUGCAUUCCGAGAAGAGGAUAAAUUGGAAACAUAUCCAGUAUUUGCGGAUUGGACUGUUGUUUGGUUGGAAGAGGACUGGAAUGGUGUAUAUGACACAAGAGGGUAUUAUACAGACAACUAUCUUGAGAAAUACUCACCAGAUCUUAAAGGAUACGAUGGCGACAAAGACUUUGUGUUAGAGCUAGCAAUCGAUGAUCCUUUCGAAGAGAUGGAGACCUUUAUCGUCGAAGUACCCGAAGACUUCCAGAUUCCCAAUGUCACAGAUGCUGACCCUGGUAUUAUCAGAAACAGAAAACACUAUUCCAACCCUUACGGGAUGGCUGAUUGGAGAUGAGAAGUGAGAACCUAAAAGAAAUUGAAUUGGCAGGGAUGAAUUUGCAUUGUUUUGCCGUUCGUUUUGCAGACUUUGACAUAUUUUGAAAGAAUGGAACAAGUAUAUAUACUACAUUCUAGUUAAAAAUGCCAUUCGUUACUUCCCUAUGAACACGAAAAUUGCACUCUGUGUAGAAUUUAUCCCAUGUUUCGUGGAGCUGCGCGUUUGAGAAUGCACCGAAUGGAAUGCCCUGUGCGGAAA